AUGACGGUUAAGAAAGUCGAGAUCAAAGUGGAUAUCAACUGUGAGAAAUGCAGAUAUGAUAUCAUGCAGACCGUUACAGAGCUAGAAGGUGUGAAUCAGGUUUCACUAGAUCAAGAGAAGAGUUUACUAACCGUGGUGGGUACAAUGGAUCCGGUGUGCAUUGCAGAACAGCUUAGGAAGAUAAAACAGAAACCAGUAGUAGUCAGUGUUGGACCACCAAAACCUCCUGAGAAAAAAGAAGACAAGAAAGAGUGCAAGCCUUGCCAUCCUUACUACAACACCUGUGACGUCGUAACUGUUGGUACCUAUGAAAGCGGAAGCGGCUGCACCAUUGUUUGA